UUCUUCACUCCUCGUAUCAUCGUCGCUCGGAAACAACACGGUGUGUGGAGUGGUCAAGUAAAAUAAACUGAAAUCAAGCAGUAGUAUUACGGUGGUGGUGGUGGUGAUAAAUGAUGAUUGAGUAUAACACAUGACUCACUCAUCAUCACGACUGCAAUAAAUAAAUAACAAUUUAUAUUAAGUGACGGAGACGUCGUCAGUACAAAGAGAUAAGAAGAAGAAUUUUUAUUUCAUACAUUAAUCCGUGACGAUGGCCAAGAAAACGUACGAUUUACUAUUCAAAUUGUUACUGAUUGGCGACUCUGGUGUUGGAAAGACUUGCAUCCUAUUCAGAUUCAGUGAUGAUGCCUUCAACACUACGUUUAUCUCAACAAUUGGAAUUGAUUUUAAAAUCAAAACGAUUGAAUUGAAAGGAAAGAAAAUUAAAUUGCAGAUUUGGGACACAGCAGGGCAGGAGAGGUUUCAUACUAUCACGACUUCCUAUUAUCGUGGUGCCAUGGGUAUCAUGCUUGUCUACGAUAUCACAAAUUCUAAAAGUUUUGAAAAUAUCGCCAAGUGGCUCAGAAAUAUUGAUGAGCACGCCAACGAAGACGUUGAGAAGAUGAUAUUAGGAAAUAAAUGUGAUAUGGAUGAGAAUCGACAGGUGCCCAAGGACAGAGGGGAAGUGAUCGCCCGUGAGCAUGGAAUCAAAUUUAUGGAGACGUCUGCCAAGAACAACAUAAAUAUUGAGCGUGCGUUUGAAGAAUUGGCUGAAGCAAUACUAAAUAAGACUCCAUCCGGAAGACCAGAUCCUAGUGAACUACCAGAUCGUAUCAGAGCAGUCAAUCCUAGUCCUGGUGACCGCCCUGGAGUCAUCUCACGAUGUUGUUAAUAACCAAACUCCUCUCAAAAUCACCUUCAACUCGUCCUGAUUAUCAUGCUUCCACAAUUAAUUCAAAUUUUAAGUUUUCCCGCCUCCUCCCCCUCAAUCAAUUUAUUUAUUUCACUCAUCAUCGAAGAAGACACUUUUUUGUAUUCUCUCUGAUGUAAUAAAUUUUCAAAAAAUA